AUGAAAGAUUCUCUUAACAACUUUUAAAAAGUUUUAGAAGAAAAUAAAAGGAAUGGUGUACAAGAUAUCCCAAGAUAGGAAAUAUAAAAGAUUUUAAUACCUGCUUCAAAAGAGUUGAAAUCAGCCAAAUUUCAUACAACAUUAAUUUGUUUUUUACUUAAAUUGAUUAACCUAAAAGUGAUAAAUGAUGUAUGCAAAAUUAUUUAUAUUUUAGAUUUAAACAAGUGAAGAUGUUCUGGAUUACUUUCUGAAAAUUAAAGAAAUUCAAAAGGAUGAAUUGCAUUAUAAACUAAUACAAAGUUUUAUGGCUUUUAUACAUUAAGACUUCAUCAAUUUUCGUAAUUAUGGUUUUGUUGAAAAAGUAGAAUAAUCAUACUAUUCAUUUAGUGUCUUACAUUUGUACUUUAUAUGAAAAAUUCUAAAAUGCCUAUAAUAUAUGCAUCAGCAGAAACAUCAUUAGAUAAAUUAAUUGAAUUAUUAUCAGGAUCGACACAAUUAAUAAUAGCUGGUCAAGGAUUUGAUGACAUGAAUAUUAUUAUUGAUUUAGACAAUUAGCAAGAAUAAAAUUUAUAAUUAGCUACUUCCAAUACUCCAAUAGAUCAUUAAAAAGAAGUGUAAAAUCUACAUACUAUAUUGUCUGACUUGAUUAAGAUAUGCGAUUACAUUCGUCCUCAUUGGUUUCCUCCAUCAGUUCCCCUUGAUAGAGAGUUUGGAUUGUCAAGUAUUAACAGUUUUUUAUCAAAUAUGGGUAAAUUCUUUACUUAAUUCACAAUCAUAUAAGAGUUACUAUCAAAUAAUCUGAUUUAAGUUCUAAGAAAGAUUCUUGCAAUACCAAUUAAUAUGAUAAAGAGCUCAAUUAUUGUGGUAGCAUUUAAGUGCUUAACAUUUUUAGUGGAUGGACCACAAUCAGGAGAAGUUUGGAAUAUCUUAAUUUAAUAGAUAAAAUCAAAUGAACAUUCGAUACAUAAAAAUUUGGGAUUGUAAACCUUAAUCUAUUUUGUAUAAAGUUAAAUAUUUUUGGAUUAAUUGCUUUUACUUCCAUUAAAUGAAAAAGUAUAUUAUAUAAUAAUAAUAUUAAUAGAAUUAUAUUUUAGAUAUUAUUACAAUGUUAUCUGGAUUGGCUAAAGAUAUCUCUGAUCCUACUGAAUUAGAAUAAAAAAGAUGGAUGGAUAUGACAAGUCCUACAAUUAAUUUAUAAUAAAAUUCUGAAGCACAUCCUAGUGACAAUGGUUUAGUAUGUAGAAUGUUAAGUGAAUUUUAAUCACGUUUUGUAAAUUCACUAUGUGUUUAUGCUGAUUAAUAAAAAAUAUAAUUAGGAAAUUUAAUUAAAUUACAACCAACAGAUAAAUUUUAUCAAAUUAUUGAAUUUACUUGGAAAUUGAAUUUAAGAGGAAUUAAAUAUUUAUUAACUAAGGAUUUAGAUGAGUAAACUUUAUAAAAUUUAUUAUCAGCAUUUUAAUAAUAUAUUAAUAUAGUUGGUUCAAUAUAGAUGAAGGCUGCUUAGAAUGCAUUUAUAAAAACUAUUUGUGAAUUUUGUAAACCUUAAAUUGGAUAAGAAUUUACAAAAAAGCAUAUUUAAAUUAAUAAAAUGGUACUCAAUAUUGCUAAUUGUCUUGGAAGUAUUAUAUUAAUUAAUUAUUUAUUUAGAUUUACUAGAAUGUAGUAGUUGGAUUUGUAUAUUUAAGACAUUUGAAGAAUGUGAGAAUCAUUAUCUAAGAAAUCGUCUUGCUAAAAAUUCAAGUUAAGAGGAAUAAAUUAAGACACUAGAUAUAACAAUUUUAUUUUAAAGUUUGGAUUAAUUAUUUUCAUAAAGUCCUACCUAUGGAAAUGAGCAUUUGAUAACAGUGAUGGAUGCUAUUAAUUAAAUAACUAUUGAAUGUUUAGAGUAAUUAAAUUCCUUAGAAUUAAAAAGAUCUAAUUCAUAAUUUGGAGAUUAAAAGAAAUAUUUUUCUCUUUCAAAAUUAGUUGAAUUAAUUAAAUUUAAUGUAUUUAGAUUAGAUAUAUUUUGGGAACUUAUCAUUGCUCAUUUUAUCUCAGUUAUAUCAACACGUAAUACUAAUUUAGUUUUAAAUGCAGCUGAUACAUUGUCUUAAAUAAUUUUUUAUGGUUUUGAACAUUGGACUUAAUUUUAUAAGAAAAAUUAAUAGCAUCAUUCAGAAUAUAUUAAAGAGAAAUGGUUUAAAACUGAUUCUAUAUACUAAUAAACUCUCUUUUAACCAUGGAUUGAUAUGUGUAAAUUAAAUUAAAAUGAUUUAAGAGAAAUAAUUUUAAAUAAUGUAUUAAAGAUGCUACAAAAUAAUGGACAUGAAAUUUAAUAAAAAGGAUGGGAUUCCAUAUUAAACAUAUUAUUAGAAAUAGGAUCAGAAUAAACAACUAUUUUUGUUAAGUAAGGAUUAGCAUGUACAGAAUAUAUCAUUAAUCAAUUUCUUUCAAAUUUAAAUGGUGAAUAAAUUAAAAAAUUAUUUGAAAUUAUUGAUAAAUACAAAUCCAAUUCAAGUAAUUACAGUUUAUAAUUAAAUAGACGAAUAAAAUAUAAAUUUCUAGAUUUGUAAUAUGCUUUGGCAUCUGGGAGAUUUCAUAACUAAAAAUCAUUCACAUAAUACUGAAUAGAAUAAUAUAUUAACCAACGAAGAACUUGAAUUAUAUUUGCCUGAGAUUUUUUAAAAAUUAUCUAUUAUUGCUUUAGAUCCUAUACCUGAAAUCAGACAUUCAGCCAUUCAUAUAUUUAGCAAUCUUUUGCUUCAUUUAAAUUGUCAAAAUUUAUAUUCAUAAUGGAAAAAGAUUUUAGAAAAUAUUUUCAUGAAAUUAAUGCACAACAUUAAUAACACAUUCUAAGAAAAGAAUUUAAAUAAAGAUUUAGAUGUAACACAAUGGGAAGAGACUGUAAAGAGUGUUAUAUAAGCAUUUAUUAAGUUAAUAAAAAAAUAUUUUCUGAUUAUUGAUGAAUCAUCUUAAGAUAAGUAAAUAAUUUAUUUAUUUUAGAGAUUAAGAUAUUGAAUUAUUGAUCAAAGAAACUACACCAGAUUUAGUUAUUAUAUUUUAAUAGAAUAAACCAUUCCUUAGUUUAGAAGCAGCUAAAUAAAUGAGAGAAUUAUUCCUAUACAAACCUAUUGUUUGUCUUAAUAAUUUCUCUAAUGUAAUUGAUUAAAUAUCAAUUCUUUUUGGUUAAUAAUACUAAGAUAUUAAAUAUAUUAAGACUCUCAUUUUACAUAUUGCUCCAGAAUUACUGGAAUUAUUCAAUGAUAUUAUAAAAUUGGCUUCAAACAUACUUAUUGAAUAGGUUUUGGAUAUUUAUUAUAAAAUAUUAGAAUAUCCUAUUAUAGUUCAUUCUAAGAUUGAUCUAAUUCAAAAUAAAAUCUUUUUUGAAGACAACCUAGCUCCUAAAUAAUUGAUGAUGACUCUUUAGUAAAAUUUAUCUAAAUAAUCACCUAAAUUGACUUAAAGAAUUAUAGCAAAUAUAUAUGAAUUAAUUAAAGAACCCCCUAAUAAUAAAUUUAAACAUAUCUUAAUAAAAAGACAUCUUUUACAACUCAAUACAGUUUUAGAUAAUAAUAUUGAUUUUUUCUUUUAAUUUUAAGAAUUAUAUGAAACAAUUAUUUUAACUAUGAGAAACAAUGAUUAAUAUUUAUAUUUUACUGAAACCUUAAAUGAAGAUAAGUCCAUAUAUAUGAUGAUGGCUGAAAAUUAUCUUUCAAGAGCUAAAACCUAUCUAAUUACUAAUGCUGAGGGUUAGCUUAAGAUAAUAAAAACAUUAUAAUUAGUAUUGCCUGAUAAAUCAGUUUGCGAAAAUUUCUAAUAAUAGAGUAAGAUCUUAAAUUUUGAAAAUCAAUUACUCCAAUCCUAAUAUAUAGAAGAAAUUUCAUAAAUUUAUGUUAGUAAUCCUCAAUUAUCCGAUUCAUCGGAAUUUAAGGAAUUCAUUCAAAAAUUGUAUGAGUUAUCUUAAUAUUCGAAUAUUGCUAUUCAUAAAUUAUGCAUAUUAUCUGAAAACUCUAAAGUUCUUUAAUAUUUACUUGAUGCAAGCCAAAAGAUUUUGUAAUCUUCCAAUUCUGAAUAAUAAAAUAAUGAUAAGAAAUUAAUUGAUUUGUUAAAUUAUCUAUUACAAACUAAAAUACCAGAAAAUUCAUUUAAAAAUUUCAUAUCAUUGGAUGGAUAAGAAAUUUCAUAUGGAGAAACAUCAUUAUUGUAAUCAAAUAUAGGCCAUUUAUUUUAUUUGAUGCCUUUCCUUGUAUAAUUAAUAGGACAUUAAUAAGAUGAUGUUAGAAUCAAGGUUUAAUAAGUUCUAUCUAAAAUUUCAUAAAUGGUAGUGAAAAUUGAUUGA